AUGGCUCGACGUUGUGAUAUAUGUUCACUGGAUUUGAUUGAUGAAUACUCAUUACAUGGUCAUCUAUUGGGUAAAAAACAUAUGAGGAAUGUUGAAUUAAAUAAAUUAAAAACGAAAAAAGAACAAAAUUCAAUAUUUGUAUCACGUUUACCUCACUGGGCACAACCUGAUGACAUUAUCAAAUUUUUUACACAGUAUGGUCCGAUACAUUAUUAUAAAUUUGGACCUAGAUACGUGAUAAUAGAGUUUAAAAACAAGGAAACAGCAGAUGAGUUAUUGAAUAAGCCCGUAUAUUUUAAUCAAUGGAAAUUCACAAUUACACGACGGAUUAUUAAUACAUCUUAUCAACAACAAAAUAAAGCUGAAAAAUCUAGAAAACAAAGUACAAGUGAUGAAAGUAAAGAAGAUGAAGAAAAUUAUCAAGACAAAUUACGAUUUGAGUUAGAAGCAGAGCCGACUUUUGAAUCUCAACUAAAUAAAUUUAUAUCUUUAGUACAAAAGAACGAUAAUGAAGUAGAAGAAUGUUGUGAUAAAGUUUGUAUCAGUCUUAAUCGAGUUUUCCGGAGUUCAUUUCCAUAUGGUAAAGCCGUGCGAUUUGGUUCGACGGUCACAGGACUUCAUUUAAAAGGCAGUGAUAUGGAUGUAUUUUUUGACAUAGGAGAAACACUUCACGAUGACGAUGACACAAAAGAAUCUGGUAAUUAUAAAUUAAAAUGGACACCGAAGUCAGUAUUUAAAGAAGCUAAAUCAAUAUUAUUUAGACAUAAAACGACAUUCACCCACAUAAUCCCAAUUCCAUUGGCUAAAAUACCCGUUAUUAAAUUUAAUCACAUACCAACAACUACUGACUGCGAUAUUUCAUUCAAACAUGGACUUGGAGUACACAAUAGUCAACUUGUUAAAUUUUUACUCAGUCUGGAUAAAAAAUUGCGGCCACUUAUGAUAAUUAUUAAAUAUUGGGCUAAAAAUUUAGAUAUUUCCGGAACUGGUAAAAUAACAAAUUACUCAUUGGUAAUUGCAAUAAUAUUUUAUUUACAACAACCUGAUGUUAAUUUAUUGCCAACAAUAAAAGAACUACAGUCAUCCUGUGUCCCAGCGUUCAGUAACGGAUGGCAAAUAAAUUUUAAUAAAAAUUAUAAAUUAACUAGUGAUACAAACAAUAUCAGUAUACCUCAAUUAUUGUAUGGAUUUUUUAAAUUUUAUUCAGAAUUUAAUUUUUUAGUUAAUUUAAUAAGUCCACUUGAUGGUAUUAUUUAUCCAAAAAUAGACUAUAAUAAAAUAGCCAAUGAUUUGGGAAUUGAUAUAGAAUUAUUGAAUUUAAGUAGACCAGUUUGUAUACAAGAUCCAAUACAGUUAAAUCAUAACAUUGCAAGUGGUUGGUCUGAACGUUUAUUACAAGAUUUUCAAAGAUAUUGCACUGACGCUGCAUUGUUAUGCGAAGAGUCAGUACACGAUGAUUACAAAUUAUUUUUGCCAUCGUUAUUUGAUACGGGAAUAAAACACAAAUCAAAGAAGCCUAAAUCAAUUCAAAUAGUUAUUCCUGCGGGUAAAUUUGAAGAUUUUGGAUUGCCAGAUGACUUUGAAGAACGUGAUGAUAUUGAUAAUAAACAAAAAUAUAAAGAGAGCCAUUGGUUCUCGAUUGUAUAUAAAUUAAUCCAAAGAAUAUUUGAAAAUAUAUUCAAAUUCAAUGUGCAAGUUACUUAUGAUACAACAAAUAUUAAACAGAUUAAGCUUGAACAAGAGUCAGAUGUUCAUACAAAACAACACGAUAAAAUAAAGUUAUUCUGUAGCGGUAAAUAUUGUGUAAGUCGCAAUAGAAAAGGUAGACUUUCGAUAAUUGAUCCUACUUUAAGUUGCAUUGAUAAAGAAUCUCUUAUUUCGGAUAAAAUUUUACAAGAUUUAAAAGAUAAAAAAGAAGAAACUUUAAUUAAAUUUACGUGUGAAUUGGAAAAAAAGACUAAUCCAUUACAUGUUUUUAUAACACUUACUGAUGCUCAGUAUACUAAUAAAGCGUUUCUUGAGAUAAGUAAUUAUAUGAGAAGUAAAAUUCCAUCUAUUAUUGAUAAAGAGUUUUUACAUAUGAUUCAGUAUAACAAAACUGUAUAAUAUUUUAAUACCGAAUAAUAUUUUUUUUUGGUUAAAUAUAAGAAUAAUAAUAAUAUAUUAUUAUGGAAAUUUAUGAAAACAAGACUAUGAUAAUAACAAUAA